AUGGUGCAAUUCGAGCACUCCGAAUCCGAGAGUGGGGCGAUGACCUCCAAGACGUCCUCCGUCAACGGCGAGGCUGCCAAGCGGAAGGACGGAGAGAAGAGGAGCAAGAAGAAGAGCAAGAAGUCAGGCCUCCACAGGUCGUCGAAGCGCAGGCACAGCAUCAGCAAAGCUGCUCGUGACCCCAGGGAUGAGCCCGAAUCCCCACCGCCCAAGAAGUCCAAGAAGGAGGAGGGCGCAGUGACGCGGUCCCCCAGCCCGGUCAUUGACUUUGACGGCCUCAGCCGGCCCAGCACUGGCACCAGGGCGAGAGCCGAAGAGACGCCCGAGCAAGCUGCGCAACGACUCGAGCGCAUGCGAGGCGCCGUACGAACCCUGCUCGAGUGCGUCGGCGAGGACCCCGACCGGGAGGGACUGCUCGACACGCCCGCGAGAUACGCCAAGGCCCUGCUCUUCUUCACGCAGGGCUACCAGCAGAACGUGCGCGACAUCGUCAACAACGCCAUCUUCCACGAGGGCCACAACGAGAUGGUUGUCAUCAAGGGCAUCGAGGUGUUCUCUAUGUGCGAGCACCACAUGGUUCCCUUCACCGGCCAGAUGCACAUUGGCUACAUCCCCUCCCACUCCGUGAUCGGACUCUCCAAGUUGCCCCGGAUCGCCGACAUGUUCAGCAGGCGCCUGCAGAUCCAAGAACGCCUCACAAAAGAAGUGGCAAACGCCAUCAUGGAGAUCCUGCAGCCGCAGGGUGUUGCUGUCGUCAUGGAGUCGUCCCACCUCUGCAUGGUGAUGCGGGGUGUCGAGAAGUCCAGCGCCACCACCAUCACCAGCUGUGUCCUGGGCUGCUUUGAGCGCAAGGAGAAGACGAGGAACGAGUUCCUCUCGCUGGUUGGCCUGAACAGGCACUAA